CUUUAGACAAAUCCCCGGAUAUUAUCACCCACAAAUUUGAAGAGAAUGGAUAGGUUUUUCAAAUCAUUUCGACCGCCAUCUGACGACGACAUGGAUGAUCCAUUUCGCGAAUUUCGUGUUUUCUUCGGCGGUCUAGACGACGACGACGACAAUCCAACGUCAUCAGGACCUACGUUUGGAGGAGCAUUUGGUUUCAGUAGAGAUAUGUUUCGCGAGAUGGAUGAGCUGAUGCAAGAAAUCAUGACGAGUGGUCGAGGUGGCCGCUACCGACCUGGCAUGCGUGAAGACGACCCGGACCGUAAUUUUGGUAGCGACAUGCGUAACCGAAUGCUCAAGGAUCCUAAUGACCCGUUUUGGAGGCGAGAAUAUCGACCCACAGAGAAAUCGGCAGAGAAACCGCCUGAUUCACCUCUAGGCAAACGAUGGGGUGAAUGGCCGUCUUUUCUGAAGAAGAAACGUUUUUUCCCUGACAUCACAACUCAACCCAAAGGAGACACAGACUUAGACGCAUCUAUUGCUGCUGAUCCAUCACAGCUCGACUACUUACUAAGACAGGAGCAAGAGAAAGAUUCACCUGUGAUGAACCAAGCAGAUGGGUCUCUAUCACACGAUAUGACCUACUCACACAGUAGUACAACAUUUAGCAUGUCCACUGAUGGAUCAUAUGAGAGGAGACAGACUACAAGAAGACGUGAUGUUCAUGGCAAUGAAGAAGAAACAGUCAUACAAUCUGAUGAGAAUGAGACUCGUACAGUCACCACAUAUCGUCAUUCCAACGGGGAAGAAGAGACAACAGAGAUGAUUAACCGCAACAGACCUGAAGAUUUUCUCUCUCCAAUAGAAAGACGAUACACUCACGAAGAGAAUCCAGCGCACACACUGACAGACGACCUCAGUAACAAGCCAUCAACAAUACUCAGACGUUUCUGGAACAGUAUUUGGUCAUCAUAAUAUGUUUUCAUUAAAUCACGUGAUUAAAAUUUCUGUAAUGCGUAUAACAGAAUAACAAGAAAUGCA